AUGGCGGAAAACAAAACCAGCGACGGGCCCCGCGACCUGGAAGCGCAGCCGGCGCAAUCGUCGUCGCUGACCCAGCGAUGGAAGCAAUCCGUUGACCCCAAGCACGCCGACCUCAUCUGUAUCCUGCUGUGUCUGGUCACCGGUCUCUGCGACAGCAGUGCCUACAAUGCCUGGUCCUGUUUCUUGGCCAUGCAAACCGGAAACACCAUUUUCCUUGGCCUUGGCGCAUCUGGCCAACCCAGCAACAAGCCGUGGGGCUGGUUGAAAUCGCUCGUCUCCAUUGCGGCCUUCUUCAUUGGCGCAUUCGUCUUCUCCAACAUCACCCGUCGCGUCGGCGCCCUCCGCCGCGGCACCCUGUUCCUGUCGUUCCUGGCGCAAACCAUCUUGAUCGUGAUCGCCGUCGCCCUGAUCGAAGCCGACCUGAUCCCUCACACCUCGGAUGAUAUGACCCUGACCGGAGGCCCGCUGUUCCUGGAGCUGAUUCCCAUUGCGCUGCUGGCGUUCCAGUCCGCCGGAUCCAUCACCUCCAGUCGGUCUCUGGGGUAUAAUGAAAUUCCCACCGUCGUGUUGACAAGCGUAUACUUCGACGUGGCGUCGGAUCCGAAACUGGCGCAGGUGCCGACGACGAAUCCCAAGCGGAACCGUCGCGUGGGCGGCGUUGUCGCGCUGCUGGUUGGAGCGAUCGUAGGCGGGUGGCUGAGUAAAAGUAGCGGUGGAAUGCAGUCGGCGCUGUGGAUGGCAGCUGGGUUCAAGUUCGUGAUUGGACUGGGAUGGCUGGUCUGGAAGGAAAAGAAGACGGAGGCGAAGUAG